AUGGUUAUCCGAACCACAAACUGCUGCCUCUUCUCUUCAUCUUCGAGGUAUCUUCUUCGUAAUGCGUGCUCAAUUCGAUCGCGUAAAAUCACCAUCGCUCCCAAAACUGGCCAGGUUUUGACAGAGAGAAGGAGCGACCGUGCGCUUCCAGCCGUGGGUCCCCGUCGCUCGACCCUCAUAUCCGUUCCUGUCUUCCUUGUCAUCUUGGGUGCCAGUACGCUUGCUCUUUUCAAUUACCAAAAGUCAUCCACUUCCGUUGUUUCAUCAACCCUUUAUGCGCUCCGUGUCCACCCCGAAGCUCGACAGCUCCUUGGUGAUGAGAUUACCUACAAGUACAAGAUGCCUUGGAUCAGCGGGAAGUUGAGUCAGCUCCAUGGCGAUAUUGAUAUAUCUUAUCGAGUCAAAGGAACGAAGGGUGAGGGCCUUAUGCGUUUCAAAAGCGUGCGAAAGACGAGGAUGGGUAUGUUCGAGACGCUGCGGUGGGACCUGAUCAUGGACGAUGGACGUCAAGUAGUUCUACUUGAUAAUUCUAAAGCCGAUCCGUUCCCCCAAUUAGAAUCUCUUCAAUCCUGA